GCGGAGCAUUGGAUCGGAGCGUACUCGCCGGCGGGCGCGGACCCGACGAAGACGGCGCCGGUAAAAUACGCGGUGUUGGGACGCGUGGACGGUUACGCGACGACGGGGUCGGCGAGCGUGGUGUUUGAGACGUUGACGCAUCGCGCGGCGACGUACGAUUUCGUAUUGUUCGCGAACGCGCCGAACGCGACGACUAUGAUGGAGGUGGCGAGGAGCGCGCCGGUUCACGUCGAGGACGCACUGGCGCCGGUGUGGCCGCGGGUGACGCUCCCGACGGGUUGGGGGGGAUCGACGACCGAACGCGGCGCGUCGGCUCGCGUGACGUGGCAAAGCGGACGAAACGCCAGUCACGGCGCGCGAUUGACGUAUCGCGUGGGUAACGGCGCGUACGCGCACGUUCCGGCGACGACGACGACGUACGACGCGCGCGAUUUGUGCGGGGCGCCGGCGAACAGUUUUGGAUACAGACAUCCGGGGUACGUGCACACCGCGGCCAUCGUAGCGCGCCCAGGCGACUCGAUCGAGUACUUCGCGCGCGACGCUCACGGCGAGAGCGAUCGGUUCACGAUGCGCAUGCCUCCGGCAGAAAGCAAAGAUGCGAAGACAACGCUCGCGUUGUUCGCGGAUAUGGGUCGUGGAUCGAACGACGACGCCGAAACGUGGCGCGCGUACGGUCAACCUUCGCUCAACGUCAGCGCCGCCUUGGAGCGCGACGCGCGCGAUGAUGCCAUCGACGCCGUGUUUCUCUUCGGCGACUUGUCCUACGCCACGGGAUACGCCAGCGUUUGGGACGAAUGGGCGGCACAAAUCACGCCGUGGGCGUCUCGCGUGCCGUUCAUCUCCAAUCUCGGCAACCACGAAGCUGACAGCUCGAAUUGGCCAGAGUCUCGCGUUGCGGACGAGUACGGCGUCGACGACAGCGGCGGCGAAUGCGCGGUGCCGGCGACGCGCUUGUACCCUACGCCUCGCGCCGGCCCAGACGCCGAUUGGUUCGCGGUGACUUUCGGAUCGAUUCGCGUCGUGUCGAUGAAUACCGAAGUCAACUUUUCGCCCGCUUCGGCGCAAGGCGAGUGGCUCAAGCGCGAACUUUCGAGCAUCGAUCGCGCAAAGACGCCGUGGGUCGUGCUCGGCGGACACCGACCGGGUUUGGUCGACAGCACCGACGGUCCCGAAGAUCGCGAGACGAAACCAGGGAUGAAAAACCCGAGUGACUUGAGCGUAAUGCGAGAGAUCCAAACGCACGUCUGGCCGCUGUUGGUCGAGUACGAUGUCAACGCGGUGUUUUGGGGACACAAUCAUGCCUACCAGCGCUCGUGCGCGUGGAGAGGAUCGACCUCGUUCAAUGUCUCCGCGGACGAAGGGUGCGCGGCGUUUAGUAGACUCGUUGACGGCGUGGCGACGUAUUCCCAUCCCGGCGGCGCACCAGUGAGCGUACUCGUCGGCACAGGCGGCGCACCUCACACGAAAAACGCGAUCGGCGCAUCGUUUAUGGAGAAGGAGCUCUAUGAGUACGGCUACGUUCGGCUCACCGCGUUCAAUCGCACGCACUUGUACGGCGAAUAUCAAGACGCCAGCGCGGAUGGCGGCGUGCUCGACGCCUUCUUCAUCGUUCGCGAU